UUGAUAUUAACAAUAUAAGCUCAUUAUGUGAAACAAAGAAACCAUAUGAUUUAAGUUUAGAGAAGAAGCGUGUGGAAAUCGUCCAUGGCGGAAUUACCAAGUUCCAAUGAGUCGUCUCCACAGGUGGGCUUGGGUUCUCGUAAGGUGUUGAUCACCGGAGUUAGCAAGGGAUUAGGAAGAGCCUUAGCGUUGGAGCUGGCUAGCCGUGGCCACACCAUCAUCGGUUGUUCACGGGAUCAAACUAAACUUGAUUCUCUUCAGGCUCAGCUUUCUAAUCUUUCUUCCACAAAGCAUUUACUCUGCAACCUUGAUGUGAGAUCGAACACCGAGGUUGAGGAGUUUGCACGAGCUACGGUGGAAAAUGAAUUAGUUCCAAAUAUCAUUGUGAAUAACGCAGGUUUGAUCAAUAGAAAUGGUAAAAUGUGGGAAUUGGACGCACAUGAAUUUGAUAAUGUGAUUGAUACCAAUGUCAAAGGAAUAGCAAAUGUAAUGCGUCAUUUCAUUCCGCUUAUGAUUUCUUCCAACAAAGGGAUUAUCAUCAACAUGUCUUCUAUGGCUGGGAGAGAUUCGCAUGAAUUGAUAGCGCCCUAUUGUGCAUCAAAGUGGGGAGUUGAAGGACUAAGCAAAGCAAUAGCAAAAGAAGUGCCUGAGGGAAUGGGAAUUGUGAGCUUAGAUCCAGGCUUGAUAUAUACUGAUAUGCUCCUUUCAUGUCUUCCUGAUUUUGCUCCCAACUAUCAAUCACCCCAACAUUGGGCAUCCAAAGCAGCGACAAUGAUUCUUAAUCUUACUGCACUACACAAUGGAGCAUCUCUCACUGUUGAAGAUCCAGGCACUUUGCCCAAUCCUUGA